AUGGGAAAUUGUGUUGGAGGUUUUAAACGAAGAACAAAUCGAAUUGCUCCUUGGAAGCGAAAUAAAGCUAUUGUUCUUUGUUUUCUUGGGGUUGAUGGUGCUGGAAAGACAACAAUAGUUAAAGCAUUACAAGGAGAGGAUUUCGGCACUGUCCACCAAACUGUUGGAUUUAGCAGAGCAGAAGUAAACAUCCUCAAAUAUAAAGUAACCGUUUACGAUCUGGGUGGGUCCCAAAGAAUAAGAGAAAUUUGGACAACAUAUUUUGCUGAGGUCUACGGAAUUGUUUAUGUCGUCGAUUCUAGCGCCGCUAGCAGAAUAUCAGAAAAUAAACAAAUUGUGGAUGAAUUAAUUGAAGUAUCCGAAUUAAUGGGAAAGCCAAUACUUUUCCUUCUAAACAAAAAAGAUUUGCCAGAAGCAAUGGAUGAAAUCCAAUUUUCUGAAAAAUUCAAACUCCACAGUAUGGCAAAAAGGAAUAAAACGGAUAUAAGGGUGGAAGGUGUUUGUGCUGUUAAAGGAACGGGAAAGGAAAUUGAUCAAGUAAUUGUUGAAGGAUUGGAAUGGUUAAUUGAUAAAAUUUUGGAUAAUUAUGAAAAUAUUUCUAAAGGUGUUGAAAUUGCACUUAAAAAACUUAAGGAAAGACAAGCUCAAGAAAGGCUAGAAAGACAACACAGACUUGCUAUUGCAGCAGCACUUUCCCCGGAAGAUAGUCCAGAAACUAGAAGUGAAAACAAUGCUGACAAAGAAGAGACCCAUGAAAGGGAUAUUGAAGAAACUAAUGAAGUAAAGGAUAAUGAAGAUAUUUUGUCAAAUGAAGUGCCUUCUUUAAAACAAAAUGGAAAUAUUAUUCAAAAAAGAGCUCAAAGUUCAUUAAGUAAUGGAAAGACUAAUGAAAGAAGAGAAAGUAGCACCUCUAAUUCUACUUUAAAUCGACGACCAGCAACUUCGGGAAAUGGAGAAGUUGAUUUUAAAGUUUUUGAAAUUCAAAAUAAAAAGUUGGAAAAUAAUGAAGAAGCUAUGGAAAUGAAAGAAAUGGAGGAGGGGAAGAUUCGGACUCAGCAAGCUCGAUUAUCUACUGGCAUGCCUCAAAAAUGUCUAACAAGCACUUUACACAAAAAUUUAUUUUGGGUUCCAGGUUCUUUACGAUUACCCUCAAAAGUCCUAAAAAAAGUUGGAUUUAUAAUUUGGAAAAAUUGAAAGAAAAAAACACAGAAAAGUUAGAUAUAAUUAAGCUAAAAAAUAAGGGUACAGCCCAUUACGGCGCGG